ACAAAUGGGGUAUUUUUUGUGGUGUAAGUGUAGCAUGGUCCAAGUAUUUUACUUAUGAGUAGUGCUCCUACAUACCUACUCCUUUCCUUUUGAUGGUUGGAGAGAGAGUCCUCACCACCAAAUGGCCUCGAGACUCUCAACUAUAGCUUCCUCCACACUGAUACUUCGCCCGUUGCCCUUAGUCGGAGCGUUCUGUGUGCUGACUUUCGGUCUCUCCAAUCUUUCCGUCCCUUUCUCCAAAACAGGCUGCGUUCAGUCUCUCCCCUUUACCCCACUAUUCAGAUCAGAACUAGGCGGGCGAUCACAGAGUACUACUAGUGUUCAUAGCUUAAGAAUGGAAGCUAGCGAUAACACUGUGCCUAGUAUCGUGGUCUAUGUUACUGUUCCUAGCAAAGAUGCUGGUAAGAAAUUGGCCGAGAGCAUAGUCAAGGAGAAACUUGCUGCAUGUGUUAAUAGAGUACCAGGCGUUGAAUCAGUUUAUGAGUGGAAUGGACAGAUACAGAGUGAUUCCGAAGAGCUGCUCAUCAUCAAAACUAGGAAAUCCCUCUUGGAAGAUCUCACCGCGCACGUCAAGGCCAACCAUGAAUACGAAGUUCCUGAAGUGAUUGCAUUGCCUAUAGUUGGUGGCAGCACCCAUUAUCUGGAAUGGAUCAAGAACACUACUCGAGAGAAGUGAGUGAUUUGGCUUAAUCAAUAAGAUGUCGUUGUACACAUUUACGACGGCCUUGUUUGGAUCCUGACUAUUGGCUGGUUUGACUCGCUGACUGCGUUAGCUGUUUUGACCGGCUGUUUGUGUUAGCUGUUAAAAAUUAAAUGUUUGGCAACUUUAGUUGUUUAUAGUUAGCUGUUUGUAAGUAAAAUUACAUAUAAAGA